AUGGCCAUAGCCUCAGCAGCUGUGGUGCUCGUGCUAGCGAUCGCGGCCGCGGCAGCGGCAGAGACUCCGGCGCCGACAGGGCUGGCCGGCUGCGUCACGAGCUGCGGGGACGUGAGCGUGCCGUACCCCUUUGGCUUCGGCCCGCCGCACUGCCACUGGCCGGGGCUCAACCUCACCUGCGACACGAGCGGCCCGCGGCCCCCGCGGCUGCUCCUCGGCGACGGCGCGCUCCGGGUCGCCGCCAUCUCCCUCCGGAACGCCACGGUCCGCGUGGUGCGCACGGGCUCCAUCGUCGACAGCGCCGGCGUCACCUCCGACCGCAACGUCUCCUUCGGCGGCGGCUUCGUGGGCGCCGGGUACAUGCUGUCCAACGGCAACGAGCUCGUGCUCUCCGGGUGCAACCUGCUGGCCACGCUGGUGGAGGACCUCGGGGUGGGGCCCGGCAGGUCGGGCAUCAUCAGCGGCUGCGCCUCCUUCUGCUCCUUCCGCAACAAGAAGGUGGACAGCGUCGGCCAGCCGGCCGGCAAGUACUGCUCCGGCAUGGCGUGCUGCCAGGCGCCCAUCAACUACCACAGCUCGCCCACCGGAGUGCACCUCCGGUGGCUGGACGCCGGGAACCACAGCGAGGCGCUGACGUUCCUGCCCACCUACGUGUUCGUGGCGGAGGAGGGGUGGUUCGACCGGAGGCCGCUGGCUGACGAGCUGCUGAGCGUGAGGCGGAGCCCGUCGGAGGCGGCGCUGGAGGUUCCCCUCGUCCUCCUGUGGGCCGUCAAGCAGGGCCUUCCGCCGCUGCCGAGCUUGACGGCCAACUCGUCCACCGCUUGCUCCGACGACACGCACCGCAUGCUCUGCAAGAGCGGGCACAGCGUGUGCGCGGCCGGAAACCUCGGCUACACGUGCCAAUGUCGAGACGGCUACGACGGCAACCCCUACCUCACCCAUGGGUGCCAAGAUGUCAACGAGUGUGAGCAGCCACAUGACCAUGGGUGCUUCGGCAAAUGUAUCAACACAAUCGGAGGGUACAAAUGUCAGUGCCCACAAGGGACACAUGGAAACUACACCAUCAAGGAUGGUUGCAUCAAGUCUGCGGCUACAGGAACAAGCAUUGGUAUAGGAGUUGGCAGUGCAGUAGGAUUUAUGCUUUUGGUUCUCGGGGCAAUCUUCAUGGUCCAAAGGUUUCAACAUAAGAGAGAGAUGUUGUUGAAACAAAAGUUUUUCAAGCAAAAUCGUGGACAGUUGUUGCAACAAUUAGUCUCCCCAAGGACUGACAUUGCAGAAAGGAUGAUCAUUCCAGUUGACGAACUUGCAAAGGCAACCAACAACUUUGACAAAGCACGUGAGCUUGGUGGUGGAGGCCACGGUACAGUCUACAAAGGGAUUUUAUCAGACCUACAUGUUGUGGCCAUUAAGAAGUCAAAGAUCACAGUACAAAAAGAGAUAGAUGAGUUCAUAAAUGAGGUAGCCAUCCUGUCACAGAUCAAUCACAGGAACGUAGUGAAGCUUAUUGGAUGCUGCCUAGAGACGGAGGUACCAUUGCUGGUUUAUGAGUUUAUUUCUAGUGGGACCCUCUAUGACCAUCUCCAUGUUGAAGGGUCAAAAUCCCUCCCAUGGGUAACUAGGUUUAGGAUUGCAACAGAAAUUGCAAGUGCUCUUGCAUAUCUUCACUCAUCAGUUUCAAUCCCAAUCAUCCAUAGAGAUAUCAAGUCUAGUAACAUACUUCUGGAUGAAUCUAUGACAUCGAAGGUGUCGGACUUUGGAGCUUCAAGAUACAUUCCAACAGAUAAAACAGGAUUAACAACAAUGGUUCAAGGAACAAUUGGAUACUUGGAUCCUAUGUACUUUUACACCGGCCGCCUCACAGAGAAAAGUGAUGUGUAUAGCUUUGGUGUCAUUCUCGUCGAACUGCUAACAAGGAAGAAACCAUUUUCGUAUUUCUUCCUUGAUGGAGAUGGUCUUGUUGCCCAUUUUGUCAAGUUGCUUGCUGAAAAAAUGUUGGUCCAGAUACUAGAUCCGCAGGUCAUAGAGGAGGGAGGCAAAGAAGUUCAUGAACUCUCCAUACUUGCAGCAUCAUGUAUAAAGUUAAAUGCUGAGGACAGGCCUACAAUGCGACAGGUGGAACAUACACUUGAAGGCCUUGUUGUAACCAGGAAAUUUUUAGAGAAUGACAUUACUAUGAUGAAUUGCUCGUUGAAUAAAGAAAGAAAAAGCCCGCUGGAAUGCAGCAGAAGACAUAGCAUGGAAGAGGAAAUAUUGAUGUCUGCAAGGUACCCUCGGUAGAUAUGCCAGCUUUGUACCAUGUGCAUAAUCAUUGUAGCAGAUUACUCACUUCUAUAUUCGCAAAAAAGUAAGGAUCACUCACUUGUAUUUAUGUGUGUUGUUCUAGACUAGAACCUCAGUCACUAUCGUUUUUUAUGUUAUGAUAUGCAAUUAUCAUACUUCUGA